AGUGACAGAUCUUUUGGUUUUGUCCUUGGCUAGAAGGGUCCAUGCUGAAAGUUAACUAUAUAACCUGCACAAUUGGAUCUGCAUAGCCUAUCUUCUUGAGUUCUUUUUGGGAGAUGAGCAUAUAACCCUACCAGAAAGUCAGGAAUGAGUCUAAUUCCCAGUCUUGUUUCGCCAUAAUGAAGGCUAUCAUGUUAUAUUCCAAGAAUUUUAACAAUUUCUGGAAGUUUGUUUACAGUACAAAGGUUAAUCCCUCAACAGAAGAUAAAAUAUGCUGGAAUUUGACUAGUAACAAACUCUUCUCAGUGAGUUCCUUCUAUAAUGAGCUCCUUAAAGACAAGCUUCAUUUAGGUAACUCUGGUUUUCCUUGGCGGUGGAUCUGGAAGUCAAAGGCUCCUCCUAGAGUCACCUUCUUCUGUUGGGAGGUUGUUUGGGGAAGAAUUUUAACAAUGGACAAUUUACAAAGGAGGGGCAUUACUCUGGCAUCUGCUGGGUUUCGCACUCCUCUGUGGACAAAGAGUUGUUAGCUUGGAUCUCUAUAGGCAAUGACAAGCAUCAAAGGAGUGUUGUUAAGCUGAUCCCGAUGUCUGUGAUGUGGCUGAUCUGGAUCGAAAGAAAUAAUAGGACUUUCAACAACAUCGAAACUAAUUUAGAUAGUUUCAUAGACUGCUGGUUUGAAUGCCUUAAAUCAUGGUGUUUUUCUUUCUCAGGGAACAUUUUUGACCUUAUGAAGUUAUCCUCCCUGUAAUUUUUGGUUUGCACUUUCUUGG